CAUGUGGAAUCUAAAAAAUUGGCCUCUUUUAUAAGUCACUAAAAAUCUCAUCUUGCCAGUAGUUUAUUAGACAUAGAUAGAGACUGACUGAGGCUCACUGUAUCUUUCUUCCUAGCCAUGAAACUUCAACAAAUUUUGACUAUUGGAACUGUGAUGCAACUAACCAUGAAUGAAUGAUUCUCCAGUGCUUCCAAAUAUGGCUGUAACAUUAUCUCAGUGUAACUACUACUUCUACUACCACCACUCCAUAGCUCCAAGAAAAGUUCCCACAACAACACGAUUGAACGAUUCCAAACCCAAAGAAGGCUCCGUCGUCGUUGUUAAUAAUAACCCAAGAGCUUUGAAACCUUAUCGUUUUGGUAGAAAGAACUCAAGGACUUUACAGACCUCAAUCGAGCAACCUCAAGAUUUGUCGCUCACGCACGCUCUUCGAACUCGCAUCGAUUCUGGGCACAUGAGGGAUGCGCUUUCUAUGUUCGAGAAAAUAAACCAUUCUGAUGCCUAUACUUGGAAUCUUAUGAUUCGAGGGUUUGUGGAUAAUGGGUUUUUCUGGGAAGCCAUUUGUUUUUAUCGUAGAAUGGGAAGUGAAGGGGUUCCAGCCGAUAAGUUCACCUACCCAAUUGUUAUCAAGGCAUGUGGUGCUUCGCUUUCGUUAGAAGAGGGAGAAAAGGCUCAUGGGAAGUUGUUUAAGAUUGGGUUGGAUUCAGAUAUUUGCGUUUGUAAUUCGCUCAUUUCUAUGUAUUGUAAGCUUGGUUUUAUUCGGUGUGCAGAGAAAGUGUUUGAAGAAAUGUCUGUCAAGGACUUAGUAUCUUGGAACUCUUUGAUUAGUGGAUAUGUUAUCGUUGGGGAUGGUAGAAGCUCUCUGGCACGUUUCUUGGACAUGCAAGUGCUUGGAAUGAAGCCGGACAGGUUUAGCAUGAUCAGUUCUAUUAAUGCUUGUUCUAUAGAGGUUUUUAUCCGAAGUGGGAAAGAGAUUCAUAGCCAGGUUCUCAAAUGUGGGUUUGAAUUAGAUAUUAUGGUUCAGACUUCCCUUCUUGACAUGUACAGCAAGUGUGGAAGGGUGGACCUUGCAGAGAGAUUGUUUCAUGAGAUUUCUCUUAGAAAUAAUGUGGUUUGGAAUGCAAUGAUUGGUGGGUAUGUUCUGAAUUCACGACCUUUGGAGUCAUUUGCAUGCUUGAGAAAGAUGCGAGAAGCUGAUAACUUGAAUCCUGAUGUUAUUACAUUUGUAAACUUGCUCCCAUCAUGUGCACAGUUAGGAGCUUUCUUGGUCGGUAAAUCGAUUCAUGGUUAUGCCAUUAGAAAAGGGUUUCUCCCUCAUAUUGUUUUGGAAACAGCUUUGAUUGAUCUCUAUGGGGCCUUUGGCAAGCCAAAAUUAGCAGUGUAUAUAUUUGAUCGAAUGACAGAAAAGGGUUUGAUAACAUGGAAUUCCAUGAUUGCUACUUUUGCGCAAAAUGGGUGGAAUACGGAAGCAUUAAAACUAUUUCAAGAACUUUUGAAUAAGCCUCUCAUACCAGAUGCUAUUACUAUUGCAAGUGUGGUACCAGCUUAUUCUGAAGAAUCAUCACUCAGAGAGGGAAAGCAAAUUCACGGUUAUAUCUCAAAAUUUGAACACCAUAAAAAUUCAUAUAUCUUGAAUUCACUUGUCUACAUGUAUGCUAAAUGUGGUGAACUACAAACUGCCCGAGAAAUUUUCAAUGGGAUUACCCAUAGGGAUGUGAGUUCAUGGAACACUAUUAUCAUGGCUUAUGCCAUUCAUGGAUUUGGAAAAGAAUCGAUUGAGUUGUUCUCUAUGAUGAGAGACCAGGAAAUCAAACCUAAUUACAGCACCUUUGUUUCCUUGUUAACAUCUUGCAGCAUAUCUGGUAUGGUCUAUGAGGGUUGGAAGUUCUACAACUCAAUGAAAACAGAUUACAAGAUUGAUAGUGGAAUAGAGCACUAUGGCUGUAUCCUUGAUCUUCUCGGCCGAGCAGGCGAUUUUGACCGAGCCAAGAGUUUUAUCGAAAAAAUGCCGUUGGCACCGACAGCCAGAAUCUGGGGAUCAUUACUUACUGCUAGUAGAAACCAUAGAAAUAUUGAGCUUGCUGAACUUGCUGCAGAACAAAUUUUUCGCAUGGAACAUGAUAAUACUGGUUGUUAUGUUUUGCUUUCUAAUUUGUAUUCUGAAGUUGGAAGAUGGGAUGAUGUAGAGCGGAUCCAAUCUCUCAUGGAACAAAGAGGAUUAAGAAAAACUGUUGGGUGCAGCCUUGUUGAGACCAAAUAUAGGACUCACAAGUUCAUCAAUGAAGAUAGGUCACACGUUGAAACUGACAUGAUCUACCAUGUCUUAGGUAUACUCUUGAGAAAGAUAGAAGAAAACAAAAGUGCUCAUGGCUGCAUCACCAAGUUCAGGCCACUAGACUUGAAGAAUAAAAGAUCAAACUCCCCAGAUUAUCACAGCGUAAGAUUAGCAACCUGUUUUGGGUUGAUCACUACAAAGGUUGGAAGCCCAGUUCUUGUACGGAAGAACACAAGAGUUUGUAGAGAUUGCCACGGUGCUAUAAAGAAGAUCUCAAUGAUCACCAAAAGAGAGAUAAUAGUAGGGGAUUCUAAGGUUUUCCACCAUUUCAGAGAUGGUGAUUGCUCAUGUGGUAAUUAUUGGUGAACAUGAUGAACACCUAUACAUAUUACAUGUUGUAUCAAUUAAAUGUCUACUAGAAAAAAAAUGUUAAAUCA